AUGAACUGGGGAGCGUAGUUGUGUGCCUGUGUAUGUCAGAUGGGAAACGAAGGAGACCUUGUAAGAGAGAGUGACAGACAGGCAGACAAGCACAGAGAGAGAAAGUUGCGAGCAGGAGGGCUGGAAUAUGUCUGUUCGCCUCUGCGCUUUUGCGACUGGCAGCUACUUGGAUCUGACGGGGAGAAAUGUCUACAAGAACAAAGUCUGAUGCUAAAACCUAGAGUUUUCCAGCAAUUAGGCUUUGCCUUGCAGUUGGAUUGGGAAUGCCUGAGACUUCGUUCUAUGUGAGAAACUUGUGGGUCAGCUAGCUACAUCUCAGAACUUCAGUUUUCCCAGAGCUCUCAUGCCAAGAAUCUGCGUGAACCUACAGAGAUUCCAUCCAGCCUCUCCCCUGCCUCUGUCUGCUUAUGAGCAGGGGGCUCGUGGGCAUGUGGACCUGCAGGAAGUUGGAACCAAGUCAUUCUGUCCCAAACAGCCCAUGACUCCUCAUGACUUCUUUCUCUCUCUCUCUGGUUCUGCCAUUUCUCCAAAGAAGGAUCCUGACAUACAAAGUUGUUUGACAUUUAAAAAUCAGUGUGUAGAUUAGCUGAGUUUUGUUCUUGGUGAUGGUGGUUGCUUGGUUUAUUUUUGGUUUGGUUUGGUUGUUUUUUGUGGUACUGGGGAUGGAACCCAAGGCCUUUAAACUGAGCUCCAUCUCUAGCCUUAAAAAUUUUUUUUUUCUUGAUCUCAAGACACAGUCUGACUAAGUCGCUAAACCAAAUGAGCUGGGCUCGAACUUUCUAAACCUUCUGAUUUAGUCUCCUGGAGUGCCGUCAUGCCUAACUUCUAGCAUCUGUGUUUUUCAGGAAUGCCAUCGUAUGGUUUGAGAGACAAUGUGGUAUGGUAUUGAAGAUAAUGGGCCCUGGAUGCCUAAAUUUGGUUUGUAUCUCAGCUCUUUCACUUCUCAUAUGUAUAUAAGCCUGAGCAUUGUAUUCACUCAGAUUGUGUCAGACCUCAUCUAGAGCAACUCUAGGAUCCCAAACUCUAUUUGCACAACAGGUUCAAACUGGCUUCGGUUUAAACUGAGAGAACACUUGGUGAUGUUGACUUGCUCUAAGAUUGUUCUUACAAAAUGGCUUCCAGAUGUUGUAUGGGGGGUGUGUGUUUAUGUGCAUGGCAUUAGGGAUUGGCCUCAGGGCCUAUAUCAGGCUCUAUAUCAGGGUUUCAGUGCACUAUAUCAUCCCUGGCCCUUCUUAUUUUUUUAUUUUGACACAGAGUCUUUGUAAGUUGCCUGGGUUAGGCUUGAACUUGAGAUCUUCAUGCUUCAGCCUCCCAGAGUGCUGGAAUUACAUCUACUCAUUCUUAAGCAGAUAUAUAUUUUUAUAGUAUCUACUUCACAGGAGUGUUAUGAGAGUAAAAAGAUAAAGCCUGUGACAUCAGAGGCUGGAACAUGAGUGCUCAACAAGUAUUAACUGUUGUGUCAUGAUUUAGGACCUUCAGGAUUUGGUAGUAACAUAUGUGAAAGCAAUUGAUGAUUAUAUGAACUUUACCAGGUGGUUCAAUGGGUAGAGAACAAGGAUUCUGUAUCAAUCUUUACCCCUUUCAUUGGUAUCCUGGUUCCAAGGAACUGCAAACAAUUUAAAGUUACAAAUCAUUAAAAUUCAGAAGCAUGACCAAAAAGAUUUAGAGCUAUCAGUUUGGAAACAAAACAGUAAUGGUAGCAAUGAUUUUAUAAAAUAAGAAUCAUGAGUUUGAGGGCAGCCUGGGCUACAAAGUGAGUUCAAAACUGGGCUGAACUACAUAGCAAGACCCUAUCUCAAAAAAAAAAACCAAACUCUUUUCUCUUUAUUUUUCAUGUAUUCUUUCACUUUGUUAAUUUCACUUAAAUGAAUUACAUGCAGUCACAGAAAGAUCUUGCUAGUGAAAAGUUUGAAUUAUUCUAAUAAUAAUUAUUCUAAUAUAUCUAAUUAUUCUAAUAAUAUCAUGUCCACAACAUGAUAGGUAUUAUUUCAAUCACAUUGUUUAUCCAAUUCAUUGCUAGAGUUCACAGUUUUCUUCAUGAGUAUCCUUCCUCGUAUUUUUAGUGUUUAUUUUAAGAAAUAUUUUGGAUAUGAACUCGCCUAUGUAUCCCAGGCUAGAGGCUAUUAUAGCUAAGUUACAAAAUAAAUCUGCCUAAAACCUGCCCUUUAACACAUAUUUGUGCAUACACAUAUAUGUGUGUGUACAUGUACACAUGUAUAUUUUAAAAUUAAUUUAUGAUCAGUGUUAUAAUUAUGAAAUAUAUUUAAAAUGAAACAUCAAGAUCACAACUAAAAAAUAGUAAUGAGAACAGAAUUAUGUAAUAUGACAGGCUAAAUCACCAUACAUUUUGAAUGUAUUAAUAUUGUGUGAACUUUCUUUGUAAAUGUCUUAAUCACAUUGUAUUCUAUUUUUUAAUCUUAAUUUUCUAAUCAUAGUAUAUCUGUAAUAUUUUCCAUAUCCUUAAGUAUGUUUCUUUCUUUGUCUUAUACUACUUUAUGUUCUGUUACAUGUAUGUUCCUAACACAGAACAAGGCCUAUGUAAUCUAUGUUGUGUUACUUCACAUUUAUUGAGCAACUUCAACUGAUGUGAUGCCCAUAAAGAGGCACUAAAUUAAAUUACAAUCCCUCUUUCAGCAGUAGGGCGUGGCAGUGAAGACAGGUGGAUCUACUCAUGGAGAGACUCCAAGCCCAGUCCCAGGUGUGGAUGUGGGUUCACCAUAGAAGUCACUGUACUCUGCAAUUACCUUAGUGUAACUGAGUUUCUUGGGUUUAGAGGACAGCUCAGAUUUAUCUUCUGUUUUUCCUGAAAUUAUAUGCACACUGUAGGAGACUAGUAUCAGAAGGAGAAAUGGAAAAGCAGAAAUAUUUUAUUGUAUUAGAUCAUUCACCAUAGAAGUCACUGUACUCUGCAAUUACCUUAGUGUAACUGAGUUUCUUGGGUUUAGAGGACAGCUCAGAUUUAUCUUCUGUUUUUCCUGAAAUUAUAUGCACACUGUAGGAGACUAGUAUCAGAAGGAGAAAUGGAAAAGCAGAAAUAUUUUAUUGUAUUAGAUCAUAUUAGAAACAUUAAAAACCUUUUUUCUUCUAUCAGCUCUAGAUACUCAGCAAUUUAAAGUUUUUCCAGUACUGGACCAUUGAGGAAGACUUAUUAGAGCUUACAUUUCUAAAACCAUGAUCUGUUUUCAGGAAUUAGUGACGUUCGGGGAUGUGGCCAUAGACUUUUCUCAGCAGGAGUGGGAAUACCUGGACCCUAGACAGAGGGACUUGUAUAGGGAUGUGAUGCUGGAGAACUAUAGGAACCUCGUCUCUCUGGGACAAUCCAUUUCUAAGCCAGAUGUGAUUGACUUAUUGGAGCAAGGCAAAGAGCCCUGGGUGAUUCGGAGGGAAAAAAAACGAAGACCCUAUACAGAUUUGAAUUUACAGUAUAAGAUAAUCAGCUAUCUAAAAAUUCCCACUCACGAAAAGGAUAAAUCUUCUGCACAACACCAGAGCAUAUAUCCCAGAGACAAACUCUAUAAAUGUACGAAAUGUCAGAAGAAGUUUAGUAGCAGCCAUCAACUUAUUCUGCAUCACAGGUUUCAUAUUGAGAGACCCUAUGAAUGCAAAGAAUGUGGGAAGAACUGUCGCAGUGGCUAUCAACUGACACUACAUAAGAGAUUUCAUGCUGGUGAGAAACCCUAUGAAUGUACAGAAUGUGGGAAGAACUUUAAAAGUGGCUAUCAACUUACUGUACAUCAGAGAUUUCAUACUGGUGAGAAAACAUAUGAGUGUCGAGAAUGUGGCAAGGCUUUUAUAUAUUCCUCACACAUUGUUCAACAUGAGCGAAUUCACACUGGUGCAAAGCCUUAUAAAUGUCAGGGAUGUGGGAAAACAUUUAGUCAAAUUGGCCAUCUUAGAAAUCACCAGAGAAUUCAUACUUGUGAAAAACCCUAUAAAUGUAAGGAAUGUGGGAAGGCUUUUAGUAGGUGCUCCAAUCUCGUUGAACAUAGGCAAAUUCAUAUUAAUGAGAAACCAUUUGUGUGUGAGAAAUGUGGGAAGGCUUUUAGAAGAGAUCGUCAGCUUACUGUGCAUCAGAGUAUUCACACUGGCAAAAAACCAUAUGAAUGUAAAGAAUGUGGAAAGGGCUAUAACACUGCUUCAUACCUAAUUCUACAUCAGAAAAUUCAUAAAGGUGGUAAGCCGUAUGAAUGCAAGAAGUGUAAAAAAACUUUUAUUUUAUAUAAGAAUCUUGCUCGACAUCAGGAUCUUCAUACUAGUGACAAACUUGAAUGUAGGCAAUGUGGGAAGAUCUGUACUACUGGCUCAAAACUUUUUCAACAUCAGAAAACUCAUACUGAUGAGAAACCCUAUGAAUGUCAGGAAUGUGGGAAGGCCUUUAGUUUGUAUGCAUAUCUCAGACAACACCAGAAAAUUCAUCUUGGUUUGAAAUGCUUUGAAUGUGAGAGGUGUAAAAAAACCUUUAGUUCUUAUAGGAAUCUUACUCGUCAUGAGAAUAUUCAUACCGGUAUGAAACUUUUUGAAUGUCAGGAAUGUGGGAGGGCCUAUACUACUCGCUCAAACCUUGUUCAACAUCAGAAAACUCAUACUGGCGAGAAACCGUAUGAAUGUAAGGAAUGUGGGAAAGCCUUUAGCUUACAUGGAUACCUCAGUCAACAUCAGAAAAUUCAUCUUGGUAUGAAACGCUUUGAAUGCAAGGACUGUAAUAAAACCUUUACUCUGUAUAGGAAUCUUACCCGUCAUCAGAAUAUUCAUACUGGUAAGAAACUUUUUAUAUGUCAGGAAUGUGGGAGGGCCUAUACUACUCGCUCAAACCUUGUUCAACAUCAGAAAACUCAUACUGGUGAAAAGCCGUUUGAAUGUAAGGAAUGUGGGAAAGCCUUUAGCUUGCAUGGAUAUCUUAAUCAACACCAGAAAAUCCAUACUGGCGUUAAACCCUACGAAUGUAAAAUAUGUAGAAAAACCUUUACUUUCUGUAGAAAUCUCACUCUACAUCAGAGUAUUCAUACUGAUGAGAAACCUUUUCAAUGUAAAGAAUGUGGGAAGACCUUUAGACGUAGUUCACACCUGAUGGCACAUCAGAAUAUUCAUGCUGAUAAGAAACCCUAUGAAUGUAAAGAAUGUGGAAAGACCUUUAAAAUGUGUGGAUACCUUACACAACAUCAGAAAAUUCAUACUGGUAGAAAACCUCAUGAAUGUAAGGAAUGUGGAAAGGCCUUUAUUCGAUCUUCAAACCUUGUUCAACACGAAAGAAUUCAUACUGGUGAGAAACCCUAUGUUUGUGAGCAGUGUGGGAAGACCUUCCGAUAUGGAUCAGCCCUUAAAGCACAUCAGGGAAUUCAUACUGGUCUGCAAAUCUAAGAAUUGAAGGACUGUGAAAAUACCUUUAGAGAUGACUCAAACAUUUUCAACAUCUGACAGUUCAUUUUGAUGAGAAAUAAUUGACUGUUACAUAGGUAUAGCUUUAGCAAAUGAGAGACUUUAUAAUGCAGUACUUGCCACAUUGUAAAGUAUUCAGACAUGGUGGUGCAUACUUAUAAUCCCAACAUUCUAAGAGGCUGAGGCAGGAAGAUCCCAAGUUUAAACCCAGCCUGGGAAAUUUAGGGACUUGCUUUCCUUUCUUUUCUUUUCCUUUCCUUUGCCUUCUUUUCCUUGCCUUGCCUUGCCUUUCUUUUCCUUUUUUUUUUUUUUUUGAGACAGGGUCUCACUGUGUAGCCCAAGCUGUCCUCAAACUUGUAGUGAUCCUCCUACCUCAGCCUCCUGAGUACCAGGAUUACAGACAUGUGCCAUCAUGCCCAGCAAGACCCAGUUUUAGAUUAAAAAAUGGCUGGGGAUAUGGCUUAGUGCUAAUGUUCUUUGUUCAGUACUGAGAAGAGGGAGUCAGUGUCAGAAUUCUUUUAAUAUCUAACUAUUUACUGACAAAAAUAAAAUAGGAAUCUCAAUUUCUUGUCUAUGUCUAUAACAUUCAUGACAUGGAAUUUUUUCUGAAUGACUAAAAGCUGCCUAUACUAGACAUCACUGACUAUGUUACAAAUUACUCCAACUCUUACAACAAUAAUCAACAUCUCUCACAGGCUCUGUGGGCCAGAAAUCCAGGACGAUUGGGUUUUCCAUGAGAUUGUGGUCAGGUGGAGGCUUUCCUGGGAAUGAAUCUGCUGUAUAGACUCAGUCACACCUAGCUUAGUGUAUCAUGGUUUGGAUAUCAUUUAAGUACACCCUCCUGGCGUUCACGUCUUUGUAGUUUGGUCCCCAGUUUGAUGAUAUAAGAGGUUGUACAGAACUUUUAAGAGGUGGAACCCAUGGAGAGAUCCUUAGGUCAGUUGAGGCUCUGCCCUCAGAAAGCAGUGUGAAACCCCAGAGAUUGUGGAACCCCAGUCACUUUCUGUCUUCCUGGACACGAUCUCUUCCUGCCUUACACACUCCCACUACUGGGAUAACAUUGGCCAUGAAACCCUCACCUGAGCUGAGCAUUGACCAGUACUGCGCCUUACAUCUUCAAAAUGGUGAGCUAAAUAAACUUCUUUAUGAAGCCAGGCUGCCUCAAGUAUUUCGUUGUAGUAGCAAAACUGCACACAGUAAAAAGUGAGAGCAGAAAGCUAUUCUCAUCCAUGGUGGACUUAGAUGAGGAAAUUCUAGACUGAAGAUUGGUCGUGUAAAAGGAUGAGACUUCAGUGGAUUCUUGAGCAUAUUUUGCAUGUGGUAGGAAUAUAAAAGAUGUACUGAGAAUGCCAGUGGUGACGUUUUUAAAAUAUAUCCACAAAACUAAAGUUUGAUUUCCUUCUAUUUGAAUGUGGUGUGAACCUAGUCACUUGCUUCUAUGAACAGAAUGGUUACUCAGGUAGUUUUCUCACAGAAUGGUGAUUCACUUACUGAAUGGUGUCACAUUUCGAUCUCACUGAAAUCUUAAAUGUUUUUUACUAGUCGUUUUGUGUAUUCUAUGGGGAGUAGAUGACCUGCUGUAGGCACAUAACUGAAGUCCUUAUGUGUUCCUCUGAACUAAUCACCAUGCUAAUGACGAGGACAAGCUUUCCAUUGGCUUUCCCCUGCCAGGUUUUUUUUUUUUUUUUUUUGUACCAGGGCUUGAACUCACAAUCUUGUUCUUGCCAGGGAAACACUUGUGCCGCCGAGCCAAACCCCUAGCCCCCCUUGGCAGUUUUUUAAGUCCCACUGAGGAGGUUAAGUAUUUUGAGACUCAAACUCCUAAGUGGAACAACUUUGAAUCAAUACCCUAUCAAUUAGGCUUAGAUUGUGUUCUAACCACACUACAUUUUAAUAAUUUUUUUCUACACAAUCUACUACCCACCCCCCAAUCCUCCAGAGCUUGCAUCAUUACUUGGGAAUUUCGAUUACCUUCCAUGGGUCUUUUUCCUUCAUAAUUAGUUACUCCUGUAUUUUUUAUAUAUUUGAGCCUGUGUCUUUUGGUGUCUCCCUUAAUGUCCUAAAUUCAACAAGUUUAUGGCUCUAUCUGUGAAAAACGUUAUGGUGUGUCUUCAUCCACUUUAUUCACCAGAUCUUGCACUGUACAACCUCUGGCUCUUAUUCAAAGUCAAAAUGACCAUGACCAUGAAGAUAGUUUUUAAUCAUUUUGGAAUAUUGAGGUAUACAUGGUAGUGUAGUUGAAGGGAUUCAUGAAAGAGGAAUUCUAGAACUGCUUCAGAAAGUGGCAAAAAUCUGAUAAGUGUGUUUGGAGUGAGGGGGAAUAUCUCUAGGAUAAUUAAUGAUAAUGUGCUUUUAACUGUAAUAAAAUUUUAAAAGUUUAAACGUUUACCAUAUAUUUUAAUCGUACCACAUAGUUGGACAUGGUAGCCCUUAGCUGUUAAUUCCAACAUUGAUGAGGCAAGAGCAUCCCAAGAUCAAUUCCAACUCGGAAAUUUAACAAGGCUGUGUCUCAAAAUUUAAAAACUAAAGUAUUGGAUUUGUGUAAAGGCCAUACAGUUAAUCCCCAGUAUCACAUAUCUAGAAAAGUAGUUAUUACCUAGGGGUCUCAUUUUAUCAUUUAUAAAAUGAUAAUCAAGAACCUACAUGAACUUAGGUAUGUUGAUGCACACCCAUAAUGCCAGCUCUUGGGAGGCUCAGGCAGGAGGAUGGCCACAAGUUCAAGGCCAGCCUAAAUUACAUAGCAAGACCCUAUUUCAAAACAAAAUAAAACAGAAACAAAGAAGAAUCUACCUGACUGUGUCUUUAUUGGGAUUAAAGUAGUAUACAUAUAUUGGAAGAUUAUUUAGCAUAUAUUUUGUGCUCAGAUUAUUAUUUGUAUUGCUAAUAGUUUAUUAUUUUGAAAGAUUCUAAUGUAAUUUAGAACAGAUUCUUAGAGCCAUUGAUAUUAAGUUUUACAUAAUUUUGGAAGUAAAAUUAUAGUGUAUAUGAUUUAAAUAGUAGUCAUUACUUCAUAUUCUGUACUCAUAAUUUAAGAUAAAGUAAAAAUUAGUAAUGGGAUAGCAAAAAGCAAAUUGUCUUCUCAGAGUUUUUCCUAAAUUUGUAAUGAAUAUUUUUAUUUAACAUAUAGAAAAAUUGAAAGAAAUAUAUUGUAACUCAUUACUACAUGUUUACAUUCUAGUUAUUUGCUUUAGUCAUCUCAUUUUAAGCCUCGCUCUUUUUUGUGGUUCUGGGUAUUACAUCCAUGCUAGGUGACUAUUUACCACUUGCUGUAGUUGUAUCCCCAAACCUCAUUUUAACUCUUAUUAUUAUGAGUUAGUUCUGUAUCAUUUGUGACUAAGUUGCAAAUAUCAUGUCACAUCACCAAUAAGUAAUAAGCAUAUUUUCUGGAUAAUUGUGAUAAUGUAACCACAGAGGAAAAUUUAAUAAUUUCUGUAGUGUUCUUAAAUAUUCAUGAAGUGAUGUUUUUAAUAGUUAUUUUCUAAUCACAAUUCACUUGGGUUUAAUUUCUAAUCAGAAUUCACUCUGGUUUAAUUUAUUGCAUUUUUAUUUUUUAUUUUUAUUUUUUGGUACCAGGGAUCAAACUCAUGACCUUGCACUUGCCAGGCAGGCACUUACACCACUGAGCUAAAUCCCCAGCCCAUUUAUUGCAUUUUUAAACAAAAGUAUUCUUUUUUUCUCUGGGGUAAUAUAUUGCCUUUUUUAUUCUAUGGGUUUUUUUUUUAACUGUCAAGGUAUCUUACAUUCUUGAUAUAUUCCUCUUGAUACGAUUUAAUUUAUUGCUCUGUCCCUCAGUUUGCCUAUAAAUUGGAAUUUAGAGAAUUUAUUACUUUGAGAUUAGAUUUUUAACAAAGAUAUUUCAUGAAAGAUGCUGCACAUGUUAGAUUUUUGCAUGAUUAUUAAUGCUGCAUUGUAAAACCUGUAUCAGUUGUCAGUUAUCCAUUGAAAAGAUCUAUUAUACUGAUAGAUUCAUUUGAAAAUAUAAACCCACUAACACAUGUAGGAAACUAAAUUGUGUUAUUUUGUUCACCUAUUAAGUGGUACACAGCUUAAUAAAGGUGUAGCUAGAGGCAAUACUUAAUUAAUAAAGCUAAUAGGAAGAAAACUUCUAAGCCAAUAUUAAGAAAAACUAAUAGCUAGGCAUAGCUAUGCACAUUUGUAAUUCCAGCACUCUGGGAAGCUGAGAUACAAUUACAAAUUCAAAUCCCAUGUAGGAAAUUAAAGAUUUAAGAAGAUCCUUUCUCAGAGUAUCUCAAUGCAAAAUUCCCGAGUUUAAUCUCCAGUACCACAAAUUAAAUAAAUAAGCAACCAGGCAUGAUAUCCCAUACCUGUGGCCUCAGUGCUGGAGAAGCUGCGGAAGUAGGAUCACUACCUGUUCAAGGCCAGCUUGGGCUUCAUAGCAACACCCUAUCUAAAAAAAUUAAAAAUUAGAAAUAAGUAAAUAGGGGGCUGGGGAUUUAGCUCAGUGGAGUAAGUGUCUGCCUGGCAAGCACGAGAUCAUGAGUUCGAUCCCCAGUAUCACAAAAAAAGAAAGAAAGAAGUAAAUAGGAAAGUAGCUCAGUUCAAGGGCCCUAGAUUUAAUUCCCAGUUAAAUUAGUAAAUAGAAUUAGAGUUGUUAGCUACCUAAAAUCACUACCAGUCUAUUCAAAAUUACUAGCUUUUCAGACUAAGGAACAUUCAUGCAUUAUGCAUUACCAGCCAAAAGUCUGCAGUGAUAGUGUAAUUUUACAUAAUGAUCUGUUUAUCCUUGUGGAAUAAAUAAUUUCCUAUUAAAUGUUAACAUUUUCCCCUAUGCAGUUGUUUAAAUUUUGAAAAUUUAACACAUACAGAAAAGUUUUACUAUAGGUUUGCAUACCAAUGAUACUUAAUACUGAAAAAAUUGUUGCUGUUAGAAAAGCCAGUGAAACAUUGUCCCACUCUUGGGACAAUCAGUAGCAUAUAAUCAACCUCUCAAUAAAACUGGAAGAACCCAACAUAGUGGCUCACAUCUGUCAUCCCAGUGGGGGAUUGCUCUGAGUUUUGAGGCCAGGCUGAACUAUAUAGUAAGACCCUAUUUCAAUCAGUCUUUCAGUCAGUCAAUCAAAUCAAGACUGCUGUGUGUUAUAUAUAAAAUUUAUUUGCCUCCCCAUCAUCCAGUAUAUCUAAAUAUUUUUCCAUUCCUGUUGCCUACUAACAUUUGGGAUGUGAAACUGUAUAUUGAAGUGCUGCUAAAACCUAAUGGAGUGACCUUAAAGUUGAAUUUCAACAGUAGGUUAUAUGAUUAAGCCCCAGUGAGACAGCAGUCAGUUUAUUAAGGUAGUACUAGCUAACUUUUUCUGUACCAUAAUACUGUUACUUUUCUACAAAAUGAGAAGCCUCACACCUGAAACUGCAAAUAUUCCUAUAUGUUUUUAAACUUUGUGUAGAUCAGCAGUUAGGUUAUUGAUAAUUUUUCAAACUCUACCUUGAAUAUUGUGAGCUUCAAAUAGAGUUUGUAAAUAAGUAUGUCACAUAGCUUAUAUUUGGAAAUUGGUGUAUGGUGUAUAAUUUAUAACCAUGUAAACUAGAAAUAAAAGUAUUCUUUAACUCAGUUUCCCACUUAAAAUAUUUUUAAACCAUUAAAUAUAUUUUAUGUGUAUUUAUUGGCCAAUCACAAUAUUUACUGUGACAUUUCCUAUUUGCUUCUUUUGUUCAUUUUGUUGACUGACUUAUUUGUAGAAUACAUAUACAUGCCCAAGGCCUUGAUUCUUUUCUUGUUUAUUUAAUGCUUUUUUUUUCUUGGAUAGUGACUUUUUUAUUUUGUACCAAGGAUUGAACUCACAACCUUGCGCUUGCCAGGCAAGUGCUUAUGCUGCUGAGCUAAAUCCCUGGUCCUGGAUAGUGACUUUUUAAAGUACAUCCAUGAUUUUACUUAUUGUGCUAAUAGUGUUAUCCUUUUGUACCAUUAUAUUAUAUUAUAUUAUAUUAUAUUAUAUUUGUAUAUUGCUAUUUUCAGUCUAAAAAACCCUAAUAAUAUUUUUAUAGAAUGUGGAAUUUCUAAAUAUUUAUGCAUGUCAUCUAUGAUUAGAGAUUAAAUUUUCUCAAAUAACUUUUUAAAAAUAAAUAUGGUAUGCCAAGUAUUAGAAUUGUAGUCAAUAUUUGUCUUUUAUCAACUUAAUGAAAAUCAAUAUAUUAUCAUUAAACUAAUAUUUCAUUUUUGUAUCCAGAUAUAUUCUGUGAUUCAGGCUAUUUUUUUAAAUAACAUUGCAUCGUUUGCUUUGUUCUAUUUUCCUUUGAUAUAAGAAUGUGGUCAUUUACAUAGAUUCCUCAUUUUCAACCAUGUUUGGGAUAUAGCAUGCUUUGCCAUGAUACAUUUUUUUUUUUAGUAAGCUGCUUGCUUUUCUUGUGACUAUUGUUCAAAACUUUUAGCAAAUACAUAUUCAAAAAUGAUAUCAAUAUAGGCAUUUACAUAUUAAUACUCAGAAUUGAGGAUAUAAUAUUAACUGUGUUGUUGCUAUUAUUUAUUAAAAGUUAGAUAAAACUUGGCUUUAAAUCCUGUGCCCCUGUUUUUUAUUCAUUUGGUUUUGCUUUAAAUCCUAUGCCCCUGUUUUUUAUUCAUUUGGUUUUCUUUCUUAAAGUUUAUUGCUGCUAUUUGGCUUUUGUUUGCUUGUUUUUUGUGGUAUUGGAGACCAGAUUCAGAAUUUUGCACAUGCCAGGAAAGUGCUCUAUUACUGAACUACUCCUCCAGAAUAUUAAAUGCUUAGACAUGUUUCUAUUCCUACCAGCAGUUAAGCCCCAGUGCGAUAAUUAAUUGUGUCAAUUUUAUGUGUAGUUAUUGGCCAACCACAAUAUUUACCGUGACAUUUUCUAUUUGUCUCUUUUGUUCAUUUUGUUGACCAAGAAAAAGCCAACUAAAUUAGAUCAGCAUAGAUGUGGGGUUGGAGAACACAACCUAGGGAAGCUUGUCGCCAGAAUGGUAUAAAAGGAAAAUAAAAAAAAGACUUGCUUCUCUUUCUUUGGCGGAGCUCCAGUCUUUGCCUUCACCUUGGGCAUCAUCUCCUGGCUUCUAGUGCAGACUCUUUAGCCUCUGUCACAUACCCUUCAACCUCCUGAUGUGGACUUUGCAGAGACACAACAGUGGUCUACAGGUAUUUUAUACUUUCUUAAGUCAGAUCCUCCAGAUCCCCAGCAUUCAGACAGACCUAACAUUCUUGUACAUUAUGACUGUGUGGGUGGCCACUGUAAGACAAUCUUGUAAAAUCUUAUAUAUUUGUAUAUCUUUAAACGUGCUUUCCAGUAAGCAUAUACCAAGUAAUGAAAAAAAAGGAAAAAAGGAAUAGAAAACUUUAAGGAAUAAAACACAAACUUUUACUGUUGCAGUAUAAAUUAGGACUCAGUUUAUACUGAGUCCUAAUUUGGAAAAAUUUGGGAAAUAAUCAAAUCUUGGAAAUUAAACUAUGUACUUUUAAAUCUUUGUGUCUGGGGCUGGGGAUUUAGCUCAGUGGCAUAAGCACCUGCCUUGCAAGCAGGCGGUCAUGAGUUCGAUCCCUGAUACCGAAAUCUUUGUGUCCACGAAAAAAAUCACAAUGGGAAAUAUAAAAAUAAUUUGAAUGCAACAAGAACAUCAAAAUUGAUGAAAAACAAAUAAAUCAGUGUGCAGCAGGAAAUUUAUAGCUUUAGCACUCAUAUUAGAAAAAAACUUGUAAAUCAUUGAUUCUUGCCUUAAAGUACAAACACCAAAUUAUACCAAAAACAAGCAGAAAAAGAAAAUGACUAAGAGUAGAACAUAAAUAGGAGAAAAAUAAUAGAGAAAAAUGGAUGAAAAAAUAGAGUUUGAAAGUAUCAAUAAAAUCCACAAAACCAGGACAUAAAUAUAAUAUUACAUUAUAACACUUUAAAAUGAACAAAGAAAAAUUUUUCCUAAAACACAGAAGUUUCAUGUUGGUUUUUAUUAUACAACCAUCUCGUGAAGAUUUGCCUCUCUUUUAUUAUUUCCAAUAUCCUUCGAUAAGGAAUUCUUGCAAAAUUAUUAGAACAUAAUUGCUUCAUAUUGCUUUCACCUUCGAUCUCAUUUUUCCUGCUGUUCCAUGCAAUUUUAGCAUUCAUGCUGAAUUAUAUAAUUUUUUAUGCUAUACUUUUACCAUACUCAUAUAUAAAGAUAUAUAUACUCAUAUAUAAAGAUAUAUAUACUCAUAUAUAAAGAUAUAUAUAUGAGUAUACUUUUACCAUACUCAUAUAUAAAGAUAUAUAUAUGAGUAUGGUUAAAGGAUAGCAUAAAAGAUAUAUAUAUGAGAUAUAUAUAAGAUAAGAUAUCAUAUAUAUCUCAUAUAUAAGUAAAAUACUUUUCUGUGGUACUGCGGAUUGAACCUGGGCCUUGCUCAUGAUAGGCAAUCCCUAUACCACUGAGCGGCAUUCCCAGGCCUUCCAUAAUAUAGAACCUAACUUCAACCCAGAGAUGCUAGGUUAUUUUCUCAGCCUAAUGCUCGUACUAUCAAAAGCUGAGCUUCCCAGUCCAAAGAAAAUUCAUGUUUAAUACAUAAAAAUAUGAAAGGGAAGAUAAAAACUUUAAAAAUAUCACCAAACACAUUGUAGUAAUUAGUUUAGGCACUGGGCUGAUGCUAGAAUUAUUGGGCAAAAAUUUAAGGAAACAGGAUUUUUCCUAUGUCAGUAUCUCUCCCAUAGCACUUCAUUUUUUUGUUAUUUCUAGUGGUUUAAUAUUUUUGCCUGAGAAAUCUAGAAGUUAUGGUAAAGAAAUCUAGAAGUUGCAAACUUAAGCAAAUUAUUUACCACUGAAAAGACUAUUAUCAUGAAUCACCUUAUAUGGUACACUGAGAAGGAAAGUCACAUCGAUUCUUGUCACCUUGUUGCUAAAAAUUAUAAUCUCAAUUUAGUGAUGAGAGAACUUGAGAAAAAUUGAAGCAUAUUUACAAAAUAACUAGUAUUUCUGAAAAGUGUUGAGUUCAAGGAUUUAAGACUGGGGGGCCAGGGCUUUAGCUCAGUGGUAUAAGCACCUGCUUGGCAAACACAAGAUCAUGAGUUUGAUCCCUGGUACUAAAACAAAACAAAACAAACAAUAACAAUAACAACAACAACAACAACAAAAGAAGUUAAAGCUGAAAAUUCCAGCACAAAUUGGGAAAGCCUAAUACGACGUGACAAUUCAAUGCAAAGUGGAAUUCUGGUUCAGUCAAAAUGGAAACGCAAAGCUAAUGGAAAAAUUGCUAAAAUCCAAAUAGAAUGUGAUUUAUUUACUAUAAUGCAAGUUGAGUGUGUUGGUGGACUUCCAGAAUCUCAGCACUUGCUAGGCUAAGAUAGGAGGAUCACUGUGAGUUUGAGGACAGCCAGGGCUAUGUAGUGUAUCAAAGGCCAACCCAAAAUACAUAUGGAGACCCUGUCUCAAAACACAAACAAGCAAACAAAAGUCACACACAACCCAAAACAUUCAUUACCUUGUGCCAAUGUUAGUUUCUUAGUUUGGGCAAGUACUUUGUGUAAGAUGUUCACAUUAAAACUGUGCAGAAACUCUGUAAUAUCUUUUAACAACACUUCAAAAUACACCUUAAAUACCAUUCAGUCCUCUUGAUUGUAAACUUCAUUUACUGUAUUUUUUGCAGGUAUAAUCAUAAUCAAUCGUAGAACAUUUUUAAUACUCCCUUCAAAAACUUCUUAUCUCUUAGCUAUUAUCUGCACCCUUCUUGGCCACCACUAAUAUAAAUUUGAUCACUAUAAUUUGCCUGUUUUGGAUCUUUCAUAUAAAUGAGAUUCUGCUGUUUGUGAGCUUUGUGACUGAAUCCUUUCAGGAUAGUCUUUUGAAGGUUUAUCUCUAUUGUAUCAUUUUUUAUUGCCAAAUGAUAUUUAAUUACUGGAAUAUAUCAAAGUUUUUUAUCUAUUCAUCAAGUGAUAGAUAUUUGUUUAUACUUUUUGGUUACCAUGAGCAAUGUGGCUAAAAACAUCUGUGUACAAACACUUGUGUGCACACAUUUUCUUUCUUCUCUUGAGUAAAUGUCUAGGAGUAUAUUUCUGGGUCACAUAAUAAUGCAUUUUAAUUUGCAAAACUGACAGCCACUUUCUAAAUGUCUAUCUUUUUUGUUUGACGGUAUGGAUGUGUCCAUGCCUUUUAAUGUUGUUUAAAAGAGUGUAUGAGGUUUCAAACUCCAUGCGUUUGACUUUUUAUUGUCUUAAUGAAUUGUAGUCAAAGUAGGGUUUGUGAAGCAGUACAGUAUUUCAGUGUGGUGUUGCCUUUUCUCUGAUGACUAGCGAUGUUGAGUGUCUUUUCAUGUGUUUAUUGAGCACUUAGUAUUGCCUUUGCAGAACUACUUAGUCAGAUAUUCUAUUGACCAUAUUUGAGUUAGGCUAUUGGUCUAAUUAUUGCAUUUGUCUAAUACAAACCUCUUUUGUGUAUUCCAGAUACAAGUACAAUAUCAAAUACAUGAUUUGCCAGCAUUUUUCUUUAUUUAGUUCUCUGUCUUUUCACUUUGUUAAUGGUGUUCUUUGAAUAAAUAAGUUUUGAUGGUA